AUGGCGACCAUUUUUCGAAAUUUAUUCCGCCACAAGAAAAGUCAAAGUAAAGAAGAUGCUUCAGCUGGAGAUGAAGUUUUAGAACGUGAUUCUAGCCGAAGAUCGUGGAGAGCGUCGAAAUCUCGUGUUACGCGAUUUGCCGAUGACAACAUGCUUCCUCCAACCGCUGCUUAUCACACAAAUAAUGCUCCAAAACUACGAAAAGGGCCGCAAAGCUGUCCUGGAGGCUACGGAGAUGAGUAUGACUGUGGAAAUUCUCACAGAUCAUUCGCUGUUGACAAUUAUAAAGAGAAUAAGCGAUCACGACAUAAUCAACAACCGUCAUCAUCGUCUUAUCAUCACCAACCACACAAAUCGAGGUCUUCAAGAUAUACUGAUGAUAGACAGCAUUACUCUUCGAGAUGGGAAACUUCUGAAUAUGGAAGUGAGAAUACUUCACCAAUUGGAUCACAUCAUCGUCAUUAUGAAUCCCAUCUUGAUGAUGAUGAUGAUGAAAAGGACACUGAUUAUGAAGACUCGAAAGUUCAGGAAAUUAAGCAAAGAUUUCGACGGCAUUACGAAGAUAAGCUGUAUGAUUACGAAAUGAAACGUCUUAAAGAUAGGUCAAAAAUCAAAGAACUCGAAAAAGAGAAGCAGACGAUCGAAAAAGAGAAGAAUGAUGUUGUGAAGAUUAUGAUUCAACAAAACGACAAACUGGAAAAAGAAAAGAAGAAAGUUGAAUAUUAUAAGCGCAAGGCGAACGAAUUAGAGCAGCAACUGAAUCAGAUGAGAAGCGGAUUCGGCGGGUUCGGAAUGUUCCCAUCAACUCCACAUCAUCAACAGACGAUGUUCCCAUCGUUUGGAUCAUCAUCAUCUGGUCAAAGAUUUUCUUUUAUGGGCUCAUCAGUACGACCAAUAUCUACUUCAAAUACCCCAACAACAUCUGCCAUGGAUACCACCGGAGGAGGAGCAGGUGAAUCGUUGGUCCCUGCUUCUGAUCUUAGUCUUGUCCAAAUUCCUCCAAUGCAAUCAAUUCAUGUCGAUCUUCCUCAAAAUGUGCCAACGGGAGGACAAAUUGGAAAAUUCAGUGGAUUUGAUGACGAUGAGGAAGAUGAGACGAAAAAUUUCCGAACGGUUGACACGCCGUCGUUAUCGAUUGAGAUGCCGCGAUCAUCGAUCGAUACUUCUUUUAUACGCGAAUCGAUUAUUAGUCAAACAAAUUUAGAACCACUAACAGAGGUUAAAGACGAGGGAUACAGUACAACUCCAGACGAUGCUUGCAAUUCCGCAAAAAAGGAAACAACUCCACAAUAA